CUUUAUUUUUAUUUUCUUGCGGAAAGAUAUGGGCUUUCCGCUGGGUUUUUAUUCACCACUCUGCCCGCCUUGAACACCAUCUCUCCCAUUCCCCUCUUCCUGUCUUCCCCAUCGCAACGCUUCACCGCCGAUAUCCAGUUCGCCUAACCCGCAACAACCGCCGUUCAAAAAACAAGGACAAAACAUCAACGCAAAUCCUCCAUCCACGCUACUACAUCAAUCGAUCGACACAAAUCGAACAGCCUCAUCAGCUAGAAUCAAGAAAACCCACACCACCUUUUCGAAAAGAACACUACCAUCGUCGCUACUUGACUCUCGCCUCACUUUUCAACCACCAAUCACCAAUUCAUCGACGAACCGGUUCCGAUAUCCCGAGAACCGACCUCCCAACCCAAUUCAACCACAACACCAAAUCUUUAGCUACCAACCCCCCCGAAAGUCAAUCGCAAUGGCGCCCAUGAAUCAGGUCAACAAUUACAGUAGUAGUAAUUAUGGUGAGGCCGUUGUCCGUCAGGCCAAUGUCCUCGCCAGCUGCUACAUCGUCGAUUCCGCCGCGACUCUUCGCGGUGUCCACUACUGCACUACCGGCGCCGCAGGGGCCGAGUGGUAUUCCUGAGGUCCCCUCCUCAGGACUACCAUCGCCUCCUUCAAGCCCCCCCCUCGCGGCCAUAACGGCAUCCAACGAGCUCGCUCUGCUUCCCAAGGCCAGCAGCAGCAGCUCCAAGAGGCGCGAUACCGUGCCCGGCAAGAGGAUUAGCCGCAGAGGGGGGGCAGCACUUUCGAUCAGGGAAGAAUGUGAAAGGUUCUUUUGUGAGUCCAUGAGGGCUGUGUUCCGCGGUGAGACGGACACUGGCUCGCGUGGCUCCGGCCUGCAUCAAGGUGCUUAUUACUACAACAACGGCAGCAGCAACGCCAACAAUAUGCUGCCAACUCCGCCGCCUGACGAGGACUUGGCCGUUCAACCACACGUCCCGUUCGGGGGACGCGGCGGGGACGGUGCGGUGGGCUUCACGGCCCCUGCCGCACCGGCCCCGGCCACCGCGUGGUUGGAGGUUUGGGACUUUGCCGGCGGCGCGAGUUUCAGGGCCUUUGUGGCGGACGACGGGGUUGAAAAGUCCCUGUUCGCCCUAUUUGACAGGAAUGUCAUUGGACGUGACCUGAAGCCUGCGUAUGUUUCACACACCCUCUUUGUCUCAGACUCCGUCCCCUGAUGGAACCCUGGCUAACAUUCUUUAUAGGC